UUCAACAGAAAACGUCCUGAUGUAAUAACAACAACAGACUGGCUUGCUCCAGUCAUAUGGGAAGAAACUUACAAUAGACAGGUUCUGGAAAAAUAUUAUAAAAGGCUGAACAUUACCAUAGGCUUGGUUGUAUGGGCUACUGGAAAGUUUACAGGACAGAACCUGAAACAGUUCAUCCAAUCUGCUAAUAAGCACUUUAUGAUUGGCUACAAAGUUAUCUUUUACAUCUUCAUGGAUGACUUCUCCAAGCUACCUCCCAUAGAGUUAGGUCCCCUUCGAACAUUUAAACUUUUGUAUGUAUUUAAAGGAAAGAUGUGGGAAGACUUUAACAUCUUACACAUGAAGAACUUAAAUAUGUACAUCAUACAACACAUCGAGCAUGAGGUUGACUUUCUCUUCAGUAUGAGUAUAAACCAGAUCUUCAAGAGUAGCUUUGGAGUGGAAACCCUGGGCAAAUCCGUAGCUCAACUUCAUGCAUGGUGGUAUUUCGAAAAUGUUAAAAAUUUCCCUUAUGAGAGAAGAUUUAAAUCAGCAGCUUUCAUUCCUUUUGGAAAGGGAGAUUUCUAUUAUCACAGUGCAAUUUUUGGUGGCACACCCCAUGAGGUUUUAACCCUCACUGAGGAAUAUCAAAAAGGAGUAAUUCACGACACUGAAAAUGAACUUAGCAGCACAUAUGAAUGUCACCUAAACAAGUAUUUUUUUAUCAAUAAGCCCACUAAGUUGUUAUCACCAGAAUACAACUGGGACCCAAUUUUCAGAACUCCUCCACAAAUUAAACAUGUGAAGAUAGCAUGGCAGUCAACAGGGAUUUGA